AUGGCUGCCGUACGACGCUCCACGCGAUUGAGUAGCAUCAGCAAGGCGGCCGCCGCCUCUCCGCUGCCGCAGUCGACGCAGACGCCGCGUCGCUCGGAAGUUUGGAAACGCAGGCAGCCGAAAAAAGUACUUGCCGACAGCGACGACGAGGAGGUGACCUAUGACCUGACCCGCCCCGUUUCAGAGAACAACGAGAACCGCAAUCUGCUCAACAAAAUGGACAAGACGUCGCGCCGCAGGACCUCGCAGGUGCUGGUGCAGGCCGCCCCACUGGAGCACCCAAAGUCGCCACGCAGCAGCAAGAAAUCAGCCCAAACAGCCCAAUCAGCUUAUUUACGGGCCAAACGGGCGGAGCAGAACCGAGAGGCCAUCACGAUCUUCUUGGACGACAGCGAGGAGGAGCAGGAGGCGGACCUGCUCCAUGGCUCACCACCCAAGCAGCGCAAGUUGCAGCCACUGCCGCAGCAUCUAAUCAGUCCUUCGAGGCUGCUGGACAGGCUCAGCAUUGACGAACGCCAGGAGGAGGCGGAAAACCAGACUGGCAGGGAGCUGGAGAAGCCUCUGGCCAAGCAAGAUAAGCUCCAGCAAGACGUUCCUCUUGCCCAGCAGCAGGCUACGACUCUAGUCAAGCAGCAGGAGAAACAUUUAAACAAAGAAGAACCAAAGGAACUGGAGAAACCUCCAAUCAAGCAACAGCAAGAGAAACCUCCAAUCAAACAGCAGCAAGAGAAGCCCCCAACCAAAGAGGAACCGCACCAGGAUAACCUACCCUCGCCUUCCCGCAACAAAUACCAGAACGCCAGACGAGUGCUCAAUAGCGCCGAGACCCAAAACCUGCCAGGACGUGAGGCCCAAUUACAAGAGCUGCGUGAAUUCUUCAGCAGCCAUCUGGAAAGUCAGACCUCGGGCAGCCUCUAUGUCUCCGGACAGCCGGGCACAGGGAAGACCGCAUGCCUAUCGCUACUACUACGAGAUGCGGAUUUCUCCAAGCGCCUGCAACGCGUGUACAUCAACUGCACCAGCAUAGCCAGCGUGGGAGCCGUCUACAAGAAGCUGUGUGCUGAACUCCAGCUGAAAGUCAAUGGUCGCACUGAAAGAGAUCACUUGGAGGCCAUACAGCGGCAUCUGAGGACGGCCAAGCGAAUGCUUCUGCUAGUGCUCGACGAGAUCGACCAGCUGUGCACCAGCAGGCAGGAAGUGUUGUACACUAUUUUCGAGUGGCCCGCUCUACCCAGCUCAAGAAUUCUGCUAGUUGGCAUUGCCAAUAGCUUGGAUCUCACAGAUCGGGCGCUGAUGCGCCUGAAUGCCAGGUGCGAACUGAAGCCCCGACUGAUGCACUUUCCACCCUACUCCAAGCAGCAGAUCGUGGAGAUCUUCAAGUCGCGUCUGGCCGAGGCGGAGGUGUUGGACGUUUUUCCGCCCGUCACCCUGCAGCUGCUGGCCGCCAAAGUGAGUGCGAUCAGCGGGGAUGUGCGCAGGGCUUUGGACAUCGGACGACGGGUGGUCGAGAUUGCCGAGCAGCAGAAGCGCGAUGGCGAAAAGGAGUUCAACAUGAAAGCCCUUCAACUGGAGGGCAAGGACGCAGUGGAGGCCAAAGAAAAGCAAGACACUUUGAAGCCCGUACAGGUCACCCAAGUGGCUGCUGUGCUGAACAAAGUCUACGGAGCCUCGCAGAAUCUGGAGGAGGACAUUGAGGCCUCGUUUCCGCUGCAGCAAAAGCUGAUGCUGUGCACCCUGGUGCUGAUGCUGCGCAACGAGCGCAACAAGGACAUCAGCAUGGGCCGCCUGCACGAGGUGUACAGGCGCGUGUGCGCCAAGCGCAACAUUCUGGCCCUGGACCAGACGGAGUUCACCGGAACCGUGGAUUUGGUGGAGACGCGGGGCAUCCUGCGCAUCAUGCGCAAAAAGGAGCCGCGCCUGCACAAGGUCCUGCUGCAGUGGGACGAGGAGGAGGUGCACGCGGCACUCAGCGACAAGCAGCUGAUCGCCUCGAUCCUCAGCGACACCGCCUGCCUGGGCAAGUGACGAUCUGGACGAUUACCUCUGGGAAAUUAUGUGUGCCAGACACAGACAAUCCGCUGGCUAAUUGCGCAUCUCUCUCAUUUUCAUUCACCUUGGGGACGAACACAUAUAUGAAUAAGAACACUUUUUGACGCUAAUUUUAAAAUUCGUGGCUGGCGCAAGCACUGAAAUAUUUUGAAAUAUCAUUUGAGGGUCACUUUCGACAUUUUGCUUGACUAUUAAUCGAAUCGAGUCUUUGGGACUUUGUGUGUGUAAUAAAUUUAAGUAAAUGUUGCGCCCAUCAUCUAUUUCUAAUCCGAUCCGUUGACCAAUACUAUGUAGACAAUUCGUUUCCUGUUAGCCCUAAGAAAAUAAGAAUAAAAUAAUUCUGCAGUAUACAAAACGCAAAAGUGAAAACAA